UUCCUUUGAGAAGAGACAAAGUUUUUUAAAUUUGACUUAGGGCUGUCUCUUAUCAGUUGAAGAUUUUACGCAAAAUUAGUAUUAGUUCCAAAUCAAAAUCCCAAGUUUUGGUAAAGAAAGUUAGCAAAGAAAAAGAAUAGUACUGCACAAAAUAGUACAAGUACACAGAAUUGUAGCUAAUUCACUAUUGCACCAUUAGCAAUAUUAUGCAUAUAUACACAUACCACUACUCUUCUUCUUUCAUUUCAUUGGUAACAGUAAUACCCCAGUCUUAGUUUUGCAGGCGCCGUCCUCCUUUUUUCCCUCUGUCCCCUCAGCCCCCUUACCUUUUGUUCUCUUUCUACCAAAACCCAAUACCCCCAUACUAUUUUCUUGAAAAGUUUUCUCAUAAAAACCAUAUAUAUCGAAGCAAAAACUCAAAAACUUUACAGUGGAAUAUUCAUCAUAUGAACAUGUUGGAAUAUACACAACUUCCUCAGUGGCUUAUUGCACUGUUAACAGAGAAAUUCUUCAACGCUUGCAUAAUUCACGAAGAUGCUAAGAAGAAUGAAAAGAAUGUCUUCUGUUUGGACUGUUGUGAGUGUAUUUGCCCUCACUGUUUGACCCCUCACCGUUCUCACCGCCUUUUGCAGAUUAGGAGGUAUGUGUAUCAUGAUGUUAUUAGGCUUUGUGAUGCUGAGAAAUUGUUGGACUGUGCUUUUGUUCAAUCUUACACUUCAAAUAGUGCAAAAGUGGUAUUUUUAAACCAUAGGCCAAAAACAAGGCCUUGUAGAGGCUCAAGUAACACCUGCAUCAUAUGUGAAAGAGGACUUCAGGACCCAUAUCUCUUUUGUUCCAUCUCCUGCAAGGUUGAACACAUACUGAAAACUGAGGGCAAACUUUCCAAGUAUAUCUACAAGUGUGAUUACAUGACCCUGUCUGAACCGGGUUUGGACGAUGGUCAAAUGACCCCUGACACCAUUCUUGAACCAGUUGAUUCAGGUUCGAGUUGCAGCGGUGGAGCUGUCCUAUGUACGGCGACAACAGAGGUUGUAAGGAAGAAACGCAGCACCCUAUCGUCUUUCCGGUCCGCGUUUCAGCCUGCUUGUGGACCGGGUUCGGAGAUGUCGGUUUCUAUGAUGAACCGGAGGAAGGGUACGCCUCAGCGGUCUCCGCUUUACUAAUUGUGUUUAAUUGGGAGAGAUUAUGGAAGCUGGGAGGUAGAAUUAAGAACUAUAAUUGGAAAUUCAAAAAGGGUAAUAUAACUUUAAGGGCAAUUUAGGAAGAAAAAUUCUACCUCCCAAUUUUGUAGAAUGGCUUCUUUCUCUCCCUUAUCUGACAUCAGGGUUAAUCAUGGAAGCUAUAUUUCUAUCUCACAUAGAGAAACAAAUUAAUACAGGAAUUUAGUAUCCAUAUUCCGAAUUUAGUGCAACAAUUAUACCUAACUUUUGGUUACAUGUACUUGCUAUUGCUCGUGUUUGAUGCUUGUUUUGUCGAUUUAAUUCAAUGAUUAGUUUUUCUUAGUAAUGCUUGGGCCCUGCUAAUUCGUUGUGUAUCAUUCCAAUUUUAUGGCAAUGUUUACAGCUUUCACUA